AUGAAAUGUGAUGUCACUACUGAAGAUAAGUAUGGCUACACUUGUGUCACAAGGGCAUGUGAAUCUGGUAAUCUUGAUCUUUUAAAAUUAUUAGUAAAACAAUACAACCUUAAUCCUAGAAUAUUUGGCAGAGCAUCAUCACCAGAAGCUGCAAUGGUACAUGGACAUGUUCAUAUACUAGAAUGGUUUAAACAAGAGUAUCAUAUCAAUGUAGCUUCAUUUAAGAAUGGUGUAUUACCUUUUUAUGCUGCACAAUUCAACCGUUUGUAUUGUUUAAAGCAUUUAUUGAACACUUAUUUAUUUGAUAUUAAUGCCACUGAUUCUAGAGAUGAUAAUCAAUCUACACUCCUUCACAUAGCAUGUCAGAAAGGACAUGUUGCUAUAGUUCUCUACCUCACUAGUCUUCCUCAGUUGGAGGAACAUCAGUUGGAUCUCACUAUUAAAGAUUACAAUGGAAUGGCUCCAGUUCAUGUAGCCUGUGAAGAAGGAUCAUUGAGUAUAGUCAAGUACAUUAUAGACCAUUCACCAUUAUCUCUUGAUAUGACCGACUCUUUUGGACGUACUCCACUACUUAUUGCAGCUUUCUCUAAGAACCUUCCCAUCAUUCGUUACCUCAACAGUAAAAACUGCAACAUUUCUAUACUGGACGAUAAAGGGUUUAACGUAAUACACAUAUCGGCAAAGGGAGGGUCUUUGGAUAUAUUGAGGUUUUUCAUUGAUGGUCGUUACUGUAAUCCUGAUAUCACUGAUGCCAUUGGUUGUACUCCACUUUAUCUGUCAGCUCAAGAGGGUCACUUGGAAAUAGUAGAAUAUCUAUUGGAUAGUCCAAGCUACAAUAAACCACGUGUAGAAUUAGUAGACAUGGCAGAUAGCAAUGGUAACACAGCACUUCAUGCAGCAUGCAGCCAGGGUCAUCCUGAUAUAGUGUCUACUAUAGCAGGAGCUUACAAGUCUCUUAAUAUUGAUAUUUAUUCAAUUAAUGAGAAGAGACAGACUCCAUUACACUUAGCAGCAGCUAAUGGUCACGUUAAUACAGUCGUGUGUCUCUUAUCAGCCACUACUGGUACUAGAAAUCAUGAGAAGCUCCUUGGAGCAGUGGAUGGUGAUGGUUGUUCUCCUCUUCAUUUAGCUUGUCAAAAUGGUCACUAUAGGAUGACACUGUAUCUCUCUGAGGUGUAUCCAGCUAAUGUUUAUAGUGUGAAUAAUAAUGAGGAAGGAUUGCUUCAUGGAGCUGCUGAGAGUGGUAAUAAGGAUCUAAUCGAAUUCCUAGUGGAAUCACACGGUCUUGAUCCAGAGUCACAGGAUAAAGAUGGAGUGACAUGUCUACAUAUAAUAGCAAAGCAAGGAGAUAAAAAGAUAUACAAGUAUCUUGUACCUCGUGUUAGGAAUAAUCCAACUCCUAAGGAUAAAGCUGGUCGGUCUCCACUUCAUUACGCUAGCAGACAUUAUGAGAUGUCAGUGUAUCUGAUUCAAUGUUUUAAUAUUCAUCCUGAAGACAAAGACAGUAAUGGAUUCACUGGUGUUCAUGCUGCCUGUCAAGCUGUAUUUUAG